AUGCUGAACAGUACAACUGAAGAUUUUGUAGAACAAUUUAUUGAAAAUGAUCCGAACGGGAUAUCGACGUCCGAAGAUAUCUCUUCGAUAUCAUCAGAACAUAUCGAUGAACCACCGGAUCAUAAAAUACCUUAUUCCGAACACGAAAAUUCUAACAAAGAUAUUCCAACGAAGCCAAAAUAUUUAGCACCGGGUGAUUGGGCCAAACCAUCGAAAGAGAAAAAUAUUUCUAUAGAUUUUGUACCUACAAAAAUAUAUGCCCAGGUUAGAGAAACUCAUACGGUUAAACGUGCGCCACGAGAAGAAGCUAUCGAGGAAGCUGAUACCGACGAAGAAAAAAUAAAUGCAUUAAGAUUACGUGAAGUCGUGAAGAAUUCUAAGGUAAACACGGUUUACACGGAGGAAGGUUAUGAGGAUUCUGCUUACGAUCAUGCUGGACACAUCAGAGACGCUGAUUUUCACGAGGAUUUUAAUAGAAAUCUUCGGAAUCGAUUGAAGGAAAAACACGGUGAGGAAAGGACGAUUUCGGACGAACUAACAAAUCACGAGGAUAAUCAUAACGAAGACGAUAAAAACGACGAAGAAAAUUCACGUGAAAAUUACUUGGAAUCUAAUUUGAAUCCUAAAUUGAUCGUUCGAAAUGAGAUCGAAACGUUAGAAAAAGAUCUCGAGCGAGAAUCUGAGGAAGCUGAAGGUAACUCUGACAUACGACUGUUCGAUUCGAAGAAAUUAAAAAAAUCUACGAGUUCCGAAGGAAAAUCAACGGCUAAUAAUGAAAUUUCUAGCAAUGAAAAUUAUAAUCAGGAUCGUUGGAAAGAUGAGAAAGAAAACGAAAAUACUUACAAUAAAAAUCCAACCGAUCGAAUAACUACUGCUUAUAAUAAUCCCGAAGGAACGAUCGUCGACCGAUCGAAGGAGAAUCUAUCGACGACUGAUUAUGGUAAAAUCGUAUGGGAUUUUUUGAAAACGACGACGAGCAAUCCAUUGAACGAACAAGAAAUUACGUUGAUACGUAAAGAAGCAACUACGUUGUCUCCUGAUUUGCAAUUACCAAUGUUGGUUACUACGAUGCCAUUAACUCUAUCUGGAUCAUAUUUUUUACCAACUAUCAAAGAAACAGUGACUCUACCUACCGUUUAUCCAGCUUCUCAAAAUUUUCUUCCUCGCGGUUUGAAUUCUGAAACAGUUAAUGCCGGACUGAUCACGUCGAUUGCUCAAAACGACGAUCAAAUUUGGCCAAGACAAACCAACGUCGUUAAUUACGUUGAUCUCGAGGAUUCAACAACGAUUCGUUCAGUUAUCUCGGACUUUUCGAACUCGUGGAAACCUUCAACGCGUAUCACAACUGGUCGAUCUUCUUUAAACAACUUUAACGAUCUCGUUUCAAGCAACGGAGCGAUCGAAUCCCCUACGACAAGUUUACCUGAAGAAAAUCAAACAGAAAAUUUCCAAUCGGACGAUAAGAUAAAAUACAAAGUCUUGGGAAGACACAAGCCGCGAAAAUCAACAAAGUCUUCGAUUUCUUCUCGAUCUCGAAAAGAGAACGAUCUUAAAGAUUUAUCGGACGAUGUUCAAAAAUAUAACAAAAAUUUGAACGAUCAAAGGGCGAAGUACACGAAGGUAUUGAACUACGUUAUGAAUCAGGAUCGAUCGAAAGAAUCGAACGGUUUUACAAACGCAAGAGGACCGAACGAGGUCAAAUAUUUCGACUUUCGUGUGGAAGAUCGUCCAACAGCAGGUAGCGAAUUGGCUGUUGUUGAUCAAUCAAGCGUGCCGAUCGAAAGCGAAACGAUAAUGAGAGAGCCGAACGAUAAAAACUUUCCACGGAAUCGGCCGAUCUCAAGCGUGGACAGCUUCCUUGGUACGUCCUCGCUUCCGAUUUAUAAAAUCGAUACUUUUUCACUUCUCGGGCUAUCACCACCACCAUUACCAUUACCAACACAAUUAUUACCACCGUCGAAAUAUCGAAACAAAUAUCGUUCUGUAUCAUUUCCUUAUAACAACGAAGGAGGAUAUUAUCGCAAUAUCGAGCCGAUAUUAAAAUAUGCUCCAGUGAUCGUAGAUCUAAAACGAAAAUCUCGAACGAGAAGAAAAAGGACGGCGGAAUAUGUGAAAGGCGAGAUAAAUAAUGGCACGACUAAUCGCGAAGAAAUAAAUCAGGAUAAUGAUAACAUUUUUCGAGUUACGAAAGACGGAAGAAAAUCGAGAGUAACUGAAGGAUCAAGAAAUAACGAUUAUUACGAAGAGAGAACGCGUCAAAGAACUAUCAGCAAGUCAUUAGAUGAUAAAAAACCUCACGAGGAAUUAUUAAACGAAUCGCCAAAUAUAACAACCCUAGUGGUGGAGAAGGAAAUCGAGGAACGAUUUAACAAAGAUCACGAAAAAAGUGACAAUGAAAAAUUAGAAAAUCAAAGGAAAAAUGACGAAGUCAGUGUCGAAGUCGAAGUACCGACGAAUUACGAUUACGUCGAAGAACUUGCGAAUCAAGAAGUUGAGAAACUUCCUGUUAUUGAAGAAACAACGAAAAUCGAUUUAAAAAAAUAUCCUUUCUACAAAAACGAAAGGAUAUCUGAUUUAUCCGGUCUGAAGUACGCUCUUCAUCCUGGAAAUGUUCCAAGAAAGACGUCAACCGGAAUGGAAUUUUACGAUUCUCGCGAUAUCUAUAAAAAUUGCGAGGAAGUGGAUGCCGAUUUAGAUGAACUUCCACCUAAGGAAGAGAGACCAUCGAACGAUCGAGAUCCUAGCGUACAUGAACCUCGUUUAAGAGGUUUAGGAGAGAAGUUAGAUUGUUUCAAAGCAAAGUACUUUGACGAGAAUCCUUUCGAUAACCCUCUGUUUAUAGAGAAAAACGUCGGUGAUCCUAACUUGCCAAAAGAAUUGGAUCCCAAAAAGCUUUCAAAGAGAGUUCUAGUGUUACCGAUUGGAACUAGCGAAGAAUAUAUUCCAGAGAAAUUGUCUAGAAAACCUGAAAGAGACUCUUAUCGUCCUUACAUUGCACGAAACUCGAAAGGAGAGAGAAGAGUUCCGAAAAAUCAACCGAAAAAAGAACGUAUAUCUGCAUCAUUAGAAUUAGCACCUGUUCCUUAUCACAGACAAGUUUACGAGGAUGUAAUGAACAAUAUAAAAGAAUCCGCAGACGUUUAUCGUAAUCAUCGAAUGACGACUAUCAGUCCUACAACCCUAACUGAAUCGGUGUCAGACGAUGCAACGAACGUAAAAACAUUCAACAAUAUUUCAUCGACUAAUAAAACUAAUUUGUCGGAUAUUGAAAGAGAUUCUAACACAACCAAGAUAGAUGGUCUCUUACCACCGAAAGGACCAAACGAUUUUGGAAAGAUAAUUGGCCCAAGAAGAAACAGAAUUACACGGAAAAGUAGAAGAAGGCCUUCUUUAUAUCACCUUCCAAGAACCAUCAGACGUUAUCACAAGAUAACGAUUCAAAAACGAAGUAUAGAAAAACCAUUUAACGAUUCGAAACUUGUCGAUUUAGUAGCUAAGAAAAAUGUAAAAGCAAAUAUUAAAAAUGUGACUAACAGAUUUAAUACAACGUUGAGACCUCGUAGACGAAAAUCCUCUGUAUCUAAAAAUUUGACAUUGUCCGCUGACGAUUUAAAAAAAGAUUCGUCCAGUAGGAUCGUUUAUACGAUCAGAGAUAGAAUCAAACAUUCGAAACCAAAGGAUGAAUUGAAGGAUGUCGGUAAGUUCACAAGGGAGUCAAGGACAUUAGACGAAGAUAGUAGAAGAAAGGAACCAAGAUAUAACAGCGUUGAAAGAAAACGUAACAAUUUCGAUUCCUCAACGGUACCUACGAUUUUGUCAACAAUUUGGUCCGAUAAUACCGAUGUAGACGAAUCGACGACACCUAGUACUAUUUCGAAUAAACGCUUACGAUACUCUACGUUAUCAAGAAAUAAAACACGAAAGGAUUCCGAGGAACAUCCUAGCGAAAAGGAUUCGAUAACGAAAGAUAAAAAUAAAUACGAAGUUCGCGAGAAUAUCGAUGACAUUAAAACAACCCCAGCAGCAAUUUUAUCAACGACUUCGUUAGAAUAUUCCGACUAUUUAACUUCGGAUUCUCCAGGAUACAAUGGAGCAUUUACAGAAGAAACCACGGAUUCUCCGAUGUUUGAAGAAUCUCGAUCGAAGGUAUCUAACGAUGACCUUGAAGAAGAUUUCAAAUCCACUGAACAUUCCCACGAAUCCGAAGAGGAUUCUUCAGAAAAGGAAGAGGAGGACGAAGAGGACGAAGGAACAUUAGAAACUAAGGAAAGGGAUAUAUCCAAGGAGGAAGAUAAAACAUUUUUCUCUCAUUACUCUUCCAGACCGUAUUCCCCAUCAGAAAAUUACGAAGACGAGAAAUAUUCCGAAUUAGGACCUCGUAUCAACAAGCCGGCAUUUUAUCAUCCAUCAUUUUCGAUGCAGGGAUACGAGAGAUCAAAUAUCUCGCCUUUCGAAGAAAAUAGCGAAGAGAAGGAUACGCAUACUCGUUUUUAUCCUUGGGACUUAUACGACGGUCCUUCUUCCAAGAAACAAAGGAUUAAUAGACAAGGACGAUAUUUCGAUACGGAAGAAAGUAGUUCGUUGCAUAAACCGGUUAAAUAUAGUAGCAAGUAUAAUUCGAAUAAUCUUAAAUCAUCGCAAUCGAUUGAAAAUAAUUUCAAUAAUAUUCACGUAGAUUCAGAAAAAUUAAAGAGGAAGAAAGAUCAAACAGGAUCUUCGAAUAAUCGUCGAAUCAUUACUGGAACUUUGGUACCGGAGGAUAUUACUUUGGCACCUAGGAAAGAAAUUGGGAGAAAAAAGAUGGCCGAGGAAAAUAAUCUGACUGAAGUAACUUCCGUCGCUACGAUAAAGCAUAAGAAUCGUAAGAGUACAACAAAGAAGGAAAUAUUGAAAGAACCACAAGUAGAAUCUACUACUUUAAAAAUUCCGAUAAAUACGGAAACGACAAAUAAAUCUAACAAAGUCACCGAUCGACCCAUCGACAGAUCACGAAGACGUAGAAUUUUGAAGAAAAAUUUGAAAAUUGACGACGAUGUUAAAGAAUAUUCGACGAAACCUGUUACAGAACAAAUUAAAAGAAGAAAGAUUCGAUCAACAACUACAGCGCCGACAACGACUAGGACUACAAUUACGACGACGACUUUUAGUAGACUCGUAUCUACUAAAAAGCCAAUACGAUAUAGAAGACCUCAAACGAGAUACCAACAAACGAAUAAUCAAUUUUCUAAAAUGAAAGACACCUUUCCAACACCGUCAACUACAACUGUUGAACAUCGUUCGAGAGUCUCGAAAGAAUCCUUUAUCAGGACGACUUAUCCUGAUAACGAAAAUUCGACUACUAAUGUCAAUGAUGAUCUUGGAACAUUAGAUAUCAAACGUUAUAACGAAAACAAUAAAAUCGAUCGUAAUCGUGGAAAUAUCACCAGUGAAAACGUCGAAAGGAUAUCAAUGACAACUAAGGAAACACCUGAUCAUGUUUAUCGAACGAAAAAAGUAGACAAAGAUGGCGUCAAGGAAAUGUUUAUCUCCAUCGAACCUAACAAGGCUAAGAACAUUACUGAAUUGGAUGAUUCUGAUAUAUCGGAAUUCGGAAAGGAGGAUAAUAAAUGGGGAAUCUCACAGGAUCUUGAUCUCAACGGUAUUCCAUCGACAGAAGUAAGUUCUCUUGAUCAGGACGGAGUCAUCCGACUUACCGAGCACAGCUUGAGCAACAUCAGGUCUACCGUUUCCUGGAUAUCAGAGAAUUACGAUUAUUAA